GGAUGUGACGUCACACUACCCCGCACAAUGGCGCGGUAGUAACGUUCAACUUAAAAAAAAACUUUUUCUCAACAUGUGAGAAACGAUUGGACUAUAAAUAAGCUAUUUGAAAUUGGCCUACUCUAACAACUCUCUAGGAUCAUUCAUGGCUCUUCACCGAGUGGAAAAUGGGCAUACUCCGGUGUUGUUUAUGUAAUUGAAAGCCGCUUGAUGGUGAAUGCUUGGCAGAGCGGCUUUGGGGUUUCCUGCUAUGAGGAAGUACCGUGGCUGCAGGCUACAGAGAAAAAUCGGACUGGCUAUAGUUCUGGUCAUUCUAGUGUGCUAUAUCGUGUGUUUAGUUACGCAUUCAAAUGGGUUUAGAGAAAACACGAAGCGGAGUGGGGACGCUGACCUCUUAGAAAAACCUUACAGGUUUCCACUGUCUCACAGCUGGGCUUGGCACGAUGACGUCAUUCAUAUCAAUGACCUGGCCCCAGAUCACGCCGUGUCAGCCCGAGCUGUACAAGAUCGUAUCUCCCCGCUGCCUGGUAACGAGUCCAAGUCCCCCUCUGUCUCGCAAUACGGCGCGGAGUAUGGGACGGGACCGGGGGGUAACGUGUUUGCUCUGGAGGGCGUGGAGGACUAUAUACUGAGUCGUGACAAUCGCGAGCCGCAGAAACUCCAAACGGCUCAGCUAAUCAAAAGGAUCGAACGCUGCACUUACCCGAUACAAAACGUCUUACUACUGAAAACCCACUACACCGGAAGUGACGUUAUCAGCAACAUCCUCAAUCGCUUUGCGGACCUUCGUGACCUAAAAGUCGCCAUUCCAAAUGGUGGCGUCUCGACGUUUUAUUGGCCCGCUCGUUUCCAUUGGCGACACCUUGAUCUGGGGAUCUUAGACGGAGCUUUGCCCAACGUACUCACGUGCUAUGCGCGGUAUAACGGCGAGAUCAUGGACCAGAUCAUGCAUCCGGGGUCUGCAUAUAUCUCCAUCAUCAGGGAACCUUUGAAGAAUUUCGAAUCCACAUUUCGUAACCUGGAUUACGCAUCUGCACUGGAUAUGGAAGACCCAGACCCCAUGGCCGCUUUUCUCGAAAAUCCUAAGAUGCACAUUGAGCACGUGAUCAAAAUGAGGAUGUUUAAGGACCCUCUCAACUUGAUAAAAAAUGGGAUGUUCUUUGAUCUUGGAUUGAGAACAGCAGACUAUCACAAACCUGAAGUUGUAAAAGACGCCAUACUAGACAUCGAUGCCAAAUUCACCUUGAUACUUAUCUACGAGUAUCUUGACGAGUCCCUGGUGAUGUUAAAACGGAAGUUAUGCUGGGAGCUAGAUGAUGUGGUGUACCUCAAGGCUCAGUACUUGAACCAUGAACACCAUGCGAGAAAAUCUUUUAGUUCAAGCGAAAAAGCAGCUCUAAAAAAUUGGAGCAAAGCAGAUGUCGCAUUAUACGAAUAUUUCAAUAAAACUCUUUGGCAAAGAAUAUCAUACGAGGAGCCGGAAUUCUCAAAGGAUUUGGCCGUGUUUCGGGAGAGACAGAGAACAAUAGAGGCAGACUGUAGCAAUUACGAGCAGACUGCUGGAUCUGCGCUCGGACUGAAUGGCGACAUGAAUCAAUAUCUCUGUCAGAAAAUGAAACUUUCUGACGUAAACUAUUUGCAAUAUUUUCGAGCAAAACUUACGGCAUUCAAGCUCAGCAACGUGUAUACUUAAUACUAACUAUAAACUUUCUGUUUAUAACAGAAAUAUGAUAGGAUGCGCUAAGCUGCAAGGGCAUACAACGAGCCCCCCUUCUCGAAACACAUUAAAAUGGCAUUUUUCGUCGUUUGAAUAUGUUCUGAUGCCGAAAAUAUCCAUUUUAAAAGUUGCUGGGGAAAAAAGUAUCUGUUCCUUUUUCCCAGGAGGGACCAUUCCUUUUUUUCCAAGCCAGCAUUGGUUAGGAUUUUUUUCCCAGCCAGUGGUUAGGCGGCAUUUUAGCACAUGAAUAUUUGCCCGUAAAAUCAAUCGGGACGAUUUUUCCCAAGCAUCCGCUCCAGCGCCCCUAAAAAUAUUCCCAGCACAACUAGUUUUUGCUAUCAGAACCAUUCGGGACGUUUUUUUUUUCAACAACCGAGGGGUUUAACAUCUUUCCCACCAGCAAUAAAAAACGGGAUACGGAACAGAUAUUUUGCGGAACAGAUCAUCCGUUUUUUAUGCUUUUCCCCUCAUCGCGCUAUCGAACUAUUGUCACUACGGAGAAUAAAAUCCAAUGGACUGCUGGGACCAACCUGAGUACCAGGCUUUUCUGCAGUGUCCCUAGAGGGCCUGAAACUCAGCAGGCUUUCGGAGACCCAGCGGUCUUUGCGGGCACCCCUAGACGACUCGCGACAAGAAGAAAACACUUGAUAAGACUGAGGCUAUAAACAUAAAAUGAUAGGAAAGGCUGGUCUUAUAUUCUGCGAGGCAGUGACGGACAAUGUAAAUAUUGAGAAGCAAUGAUUAAUAAAACUCUGGUUCGGAUGGUAGCCUGCACACAGGCGCUAAGGACUGAACGCAAGGGAA